CGAGACACGGGCGGGACAUGUGUUGGACGCGCACUCACGCACAUGCACGCGGUCUCUUCGAGAUUGCACCUGGCGGACCCGGCCGUGUACCGUUCCAGCCGGCAGCUGCUCCUCCGGUCCCGGGACACCCGGUCGCCGUCGUCGCGAUCCGAAGACCGGCCACCCAUCCCGAGACCCGGAAUCAGUUCUCGACCGACGUCCGCGGACGACUCAUCGCCUUCGCAAUGUUCUCGUGCAAGACCCGGUACGCUUGCGGCCGGAGCGGGCAGCAGCACAGCGACAGCGACGAGGACGGCAGUUACGGGUUCGGGGCCGUGGGCAACCGCACCAGGGCCGCCGCCGGUCAUUCGUCGUGUUCGCCCUCCGACGACGGCGACUAUCACAUAUACGGCAACCUGACGUUCGGUUACAAGCCCAUAUUGAAGACUCGGCUGUCGAGCGCCGCGAGUUCGGUGCGCCGGCGCGCGCCCGUCAAGCGGACCGUCAGCUUUUCCGGCGUGCACCGGUCCCCGCCGUCCCCGCCGUCGCCGAUCAGACGUCGCAACAGCUACCGGCCACCGCCGCCGUGCUAUUCGGUGGCCGUGCGCCGGGCCUCCAGUUUUUCCACCACCCGGAAGAACGUGGCCCAGAUGAUCGCUCAGAGGCAGCGCAUGCCGUUGCCCGGCGAACGGAUGAUUUUCGCGCAGCCGCCGCCGCCGCCGCCGAUGGCCGCAGACGGACGACGCGUUUUUGCGCUUCCACUGCCGCCGUUGCCCGUCGACGAACGACGCACGAACGGCAGCGACGUUACGCCACCCGCCGCCACCCUUCACACCAGCCGAGUGGUCGUCGACGUGCACAAGACGUCUAAUCGCUCGGAAACGCCCCCGACCGCGGUCGCGCCUACUAGUUUGGAUAAAAGCCCGUCCAAGCCAAUCGAAAAUGUCAUUUUGAAAGCACCCAACGCCACAGACAUAGCUGGUCAGCGGAUGGAUUCUUAUAGAUUCUCGAUGGCAAAUCUAGAAGAUACUCAAGACGUAGACUUAGAUGCCGUGUUGGGAGAGCUAUGCGCCUUAGAAUCCCAGUACCAGAGUACGAAUAGUCUAUUGGAUUCGGAAAAAAUUGAUUACAAUACAAUAAACAGGAUGCUGUCAAAUUCAAAUCAGCCGGGAACAGUGAGAACUGAUAGUCCGGAUAACGAUUCCGCGUUCUCUGAUUGCGUAUCGUUAUUGUCGAGUAGCGAGAGUUCAGCUUCGAGCGGCACUACCAAUCACUCUGGAAACAAAGAGUCGUCUAAAGCAGAUAAAAUCCGUCUGGCCCUACAAAAAAUGAAGGAGGCCAGUGUGAAGAAACUAUUCAUCAAAGUGUUCAAUGACGACGGUGGAGCAAAAUCGUUACUGGUCGACGAGGGUAUGCGUUGUAGUUACGUGAUGCGAUUGUUAGCCGACAAACAUCACAUUAAUCUCGGACCGCGCUGGGGGCUCGUCGAACAUCUGCCGGACCUUCAUAUGGAACGCGUUUACGAAGAACACGAGUUGCUAGUAGAUAAUUUAAUGCUGUGGACCAGAGAUUCUAAAAACCGUUUAUUGUUUGUCGAGCGGCCCGAGAGAACGUUAAUAUUUGAAAAUCCGUCGUUGUUUAAUACAAGCACUCAGUCGCUCAGCCACGCGACUAGUAACUUUGCCCAAGAAUACUUUUGCAACGGUGGACUACCGACCGUAGAGGGCCCGCUGUACAUCAAGACGGACUCGAGGAAAGGCUGGAAAAAGUACCACAGCGUGCUCCGGGCUUCGGGCCUGUACUAUUACAAGGACAAGGCGUCGCGGUCGCCAAAGGACCUCGUCUGCCUGGCCACGUUCGACGUGAACCAGGUGUACUACGGCGUGGGCUGGCGGAAGAAGUACAAGGCGCCCACCGAACACUGUUUCGCGGUCAAGCACCCGUGUCUGCAGCAGCCCAAGUCGACAAAGUACAUAAAGUACGUGUGCGCCGAGGACGAGCGGACGUUGCACAAGUGGAUGUCGGCCAUACGGAUCGUCAAGUACGGGCAGCAGCUGCUCGACAACUACGAGUCGGCGCUUGCCGGCGGAGACGGUGACCCGACGCAAACGCCGUCGUCCUUGUCGGCGGUGUCGCCUUCGUCCGGGACGUCCCUGCACCGUGUUGACGGGUCGACGGGACGCGGUUCCGUGGGAUUGGACGACGACGACGCGGCCACCAUGAUGCUGGACGACGGCGAGAGCGGACUGUCGUCCGACUCCGGAGGUUCGUCGUCCGGUUGCGACGUGGCGUUCGAGUCGGAUUACCCGCCGUGCGGCACCAUCAAGAGGAAGCCGCCAAAACUGCCGCUGACGGCCACCACACGUCAGCUCGCCUGUUCCGUGACGGAGACGUCGGCGGCGACGGCUUUCGCCGCGGCCACGGCGUCUGCCGGCCAACAAAAGCCCGUCAAGUCGGUCAAGUUCGCUGACCACCAUCACCAGCAACAACCGUAUCAGCACCACCAGCAGCAAAUGCAACAGUACCAACAGUACCAGCACCACCACCACCACCACCAACAACAACAGCAGCAGCAGCAGCAGCAGUACCACCACCAUCACAUGCAGCACCGCCGGACGCCUAGUCUGGAAUCGUUGCCGCCUCCUCCCCCCGAACUGUUGGUCGACCACGACGCCGCCGCCGCCGACGACGACGACGACCUGAUGAACGCUGUACCACCGCCGCCGCCCAAGCUGCUGUCACCGCCCAGCACGGCAUUCCUGGCCGACCUACACCGGGUGGUGUGCAAGAAGUGGCAGGUGGCGCAGAAGUGCAAGCUCGACACGAUGGCCACCCCGCACGAAGUGCUCGGAUUCCGAGACCCGGCGCAGGGGCUGCAGUACGCCGACGGCGCCAACAACAGCAACGCGUACAGCCGCGAGGCCAACGUCAGCAAUUGGGUGGCCGAACACUACGGGCCAAACAACCUGUACGAGAACGUGUACCCCAAGCAGCAACCCGGUCCGGUCCCGGCCGCUUGUUCGUCGCCACCGCUGCCGCCGCCGCCGCCUCCGCAGCAACAGGCCGCGGCACAGCAUCUCCGCGUAUCGUCCAACAACAAGAUCAACAAGCGACCACCCCCGCCGCCGCCCCCUAGGUCCGAGAAGACGCAGCUCACCACCGUCGUCUCGUAACGACGGAUAUAUCGUCAUUAUCCGACUCGCUCCGUUCGUUUUUCCGUUUUUGUCGCGUCAGUGUGCUAUACCUACUCAUAUUAUUAUUAUUUUUUUCUGUACGACCGAAUUUUGUAAUAUUCGUUAGAUAUCGUUUUUUAUUCGGUUUAUAGUAUAUAUAUAUAUAAUAUAGUAAUACCGUUGUAGUGAAUAUGUGGAAUAUUAAACCGUCCUGAAUUGGUCGAGGACGCGCGCGGGGGGGGGGGGGUUGUACUAUGUGCGUUGUGACGACGCGGUGGCCGCAACCGACGACCAAGCAGUCUGCGUUUAAAGCGCAUAACCUCAAUUAUUAUUGUAUGCAUUUCAGCCGUCCCGAUCAACUUAAACUGAUUGUUCUGUUAUGUCAAUAGGUUUGUCGCCAAAAUAAAUUACAGCUUAAUUAUUUUAGUAAUAAGUGUCAACUUGGCUACGAAAUCGUGACAAUAAUCGAUAGUUAAUUUGACAAUAUUAAUAAUACCAUAGACCUUUUUACUUAAUUUACUUCAUUUUUAUAUGUCUAUGGUUUAUACAUUGUCAUAUAGUAUUUAAGGUUUUAAUUUUUGGUGGCAAACUUUAUUGGCAGCGAGUAAUUAGUAACAAUAAUGCCCGCCAUCAGCUGAGCCUAAUAAAAACACUGUGGCAAAAGCUCAUAGUAUGACACCAUCCACUUUGUUUUUUUUUUUAUUUUGGUUCAUGUUGUCACAGGCGUCAAAAGAAGGCGAACACAACACAUCAUACAGCGUCUUCCUUCAUUCCUGUGUUUUGCGUUUUUUUAUUAAUUUUUCUUUCUACGAAUAAUAAUGUGUUACUAAAAGACUGUAUUUUUAUUUUAUUUUUUUUUUUUGUGUUAAUAUUAAUAAUCAUAAUUGUUUAUAUACAUUUAUAUUAUAUGUUUAUUCGUAAUGGUAUUACAAACAUAAUAUUGCAGUUCUGAUAUUGUCUUUGUUGCAAUAGUAUCGUAAUUGGUGCUUAAUUUAUAUAACUAUAUAAUAAAUACAUAAUAAUGUAUGCAAUGUGUUAACAUUUUUUUCUUCAUAUCACAAUGUUAUGUUACAUGGUACGGUGAUUAUUAUUAUUUUUUGCUGCUCGAGUCUUCAAGAACAUUUAUCUUUUUAUUGUACAUUAGUUUCCA